UGUGCCAUCCCCACGCGUCGCCGGUAUUUGCGCGCAGCCAGAGCGAACCUAAUAAAGCCGAGUGAGAAGCCUGGUUCGCAUCAUUUCCAAGAACUUCUGAAGUGCAAGAGGAUCGCCAUCUACCCACAGAGAAUGGAUAAAUACCGCAAGAAACAAGAAAGGCGAUACAUAGAGUAAAUACAGUUUUGUCUGAUGGUACUCGAUUUCUUUUAUGCAGACUUUUGGGUAUGGGAUGUAUCCGUUUUCUUCUUCAAUCGACGAUGAAUGGAGUCUUAUCAAUAAUGUCCUAAAUGAAGAUGGAACGAAGUGAGCCAAGCUAAAGUUUUCUACACAUUUCAAGCAUAACCUACAUGGUGAGAUGCAGCAAAACGUUGGACACAAAUUACACGCUUCUUCAAUGUGGUCAAGAUGACAAGAAAGUCUGUUUUACCUUGUAAAAAUAUAUUACGUGGAACCUUUCGGAGAGGAGAUGUUUUAAUACAUUUGCAAAGCGUAUAAACGCUAUCUCAAACAUCUGUCAAGCGGAGGAUGGAGCGUUCCAGUCAGUUCAAGCCAACGCCUGUCAUUGGAGAGUUAUUAAACAUAUCAACCAACGAUACAAAUUCAAAUUAUACUCCGAAGGCAGUAGAAAAAGAUGCUAAUCUUGCGUUUCAAGCAAGUGUUGGCAUUAUAUUAGCGUUAUUAACUUUUGCCACAACAUUAUCAAAUGCUUUUGUUAUUGCUACAAUUUAUCAAUCAAGGAAGCUUCACACGCCAGCAAAUUUGUUGAUAGCAUCCUUAGCAGUGACAGAUUUGUUGGUCUCAAUUUUAGUGAUGCCAGUAAGUGCUCUGUACACUGUGAGUCAAACAUGGACGUUGGGGCAAGUUAUGUGCGACAUUUGGUUAUCCUCAGAUAUAACAUGUUGUACAGCAUCUAUACUACACCUGUGCGUUAUUGCUUUGGACCGUUACUGGGCGAUAACUGAUGCGGUCGAGUAUUCCAAAAAACGCACCUCCGGGCGCGCAGCGGGGAUGAUUGCCACUGCCUGGGUGAUCUCCAUCUCCAUCUCUUUACCUCCAUUCUUCUGGCGUCAGGUCAAAGCCGAUGAGGUUACAAGUUGCACCGUCAACAGUGAUCAUAUUUUCUAUACUAUUUACUCUACUUUUGGUGCAUUCUACAUACCUACACUUCUUCUCAUAGCUCUCUAUGGCCGAAUAUAUGUAGAGGCUCGGAAGAGAAUCUUGAAACAGUCACCUAAAAAAACUGGGAAGCGACUCACUUCGGCACAUUUGAUCUCUAAUUCGCCGGGAUCAGUGGCGUCCAAUACAUCUCUGAAUUAUGGAACGCACGAAACAUCUUCUUGCGAUACAAUGUCAUCAGCCAACGCUAACCAGGUGAAAGUCACUGUGUCGGACGCUCUUUUGGAAAAGAAAAGGAUUUCAGCUGCCAGAGAAAGAAAGGCAACCAAAACUUUAGGCAUCAUUUUGGGGGCCUAUAUAAUAUGCUGGCUCCCAUUCUUCAUUUACACAUUACUAAUAGGAAUGUGUACAACUUGCACUUUUCACGCUGAGUUAUUUGACGUUUUCACUUGGCUGGGCUACCUUAACUCGUUAAUAAACCCCAUCAUUUACACCAUGUCCAAUGAGGAUUUCAAGAAAGCAUUUCAUAAACUCAUACGCUUCAAGUGCUGCAGAGCGUGACCUUGCAGCCGAAAAGGAUGCUGGUUAUACGUGGUUUGUUUUUGUUUUUUUCAAUGUUGUUGUGAGGGAUUUCAGCUCCAUUAGGGGCAUCUCAGUUGCAUAUGAAGCUCCAUCACCUGCCACUGAAACAAAUACAAUUGUUAACAAUAAAAAGGUAAAUAAGAAUACCUAUGUAUAGUCACUAUUGAUACAUGAUACAUGUAAGGAUAUUUUGGAUAUUCACUUAAGAUUUCAUUUGAACAUCUAGGCUAUACAGUAGAUAAUUUAUCUAAAAUGACAGGCAUGGAUGUUUUGCACAGGUAAAGUAAACCCUGGUCGAACUGAAAUGUCUUCAUUUGUGCCACUGAACAACCGCAUUGUGCUUGUGAGAGUGUUUUUCACAAAAAGAGAUAAUCAAUACGAAUCCAACAAGCCGGAUAAAUGAUUACAACUUUCAGCUGUCAUAAUACAUUUGUGUCUGUGUUUGCGAGAGAGAGAGAGGUUUUAAACCCCAAUCAUUCAGUGUAAAACUAAUUUCAUAAUUAUGUCUUCAUCCUAAAAUAUAGGACCUCAGCUUUGUGGUAUCUGUCACAUCUGCUCAUUUGGUAGACUACGAUCCCCCUAUUUUAACCCUGUCACCGGAGAAUGUUUGCCUACAUACCCUCAGCUCUUGUUUAUAAGUGAUUUGGAUAUGUCUGUGUUUAAGCAAUAUUUGUGUGUUUGUAUGAAUUUCAUCCAUUACAUUCAUCUGUUGUGUGUGUAAUAUUACUUUUAAAUCAGGUCUCAGUUGAACUGGCCUACCUACAGAAUGUAGUCAGUUGUAAGAGCCAAACUUGUUUUUGAAACAAAAAAAUCCUGUUAUCAUUUGACAAUGUAGGCAUGUGCACAGAUAGACCCCAGGUGGUGCUCAGGCACCUGCUCUUUGCCCUCUGACUUGAAAAGUGCCCUUUUUGCAGGACAAGUUUAGCUAACUAUUACUAUUUCUAAAAUGUUAUAUUUCAGUUUUUGAACCAUUUAAAUUCGGCUUAUGGCAUCUAUUUUUAAUUAAAAGCGUACUGUAACUUUGUCCAACCACUGCGUGUGAGUUAUAAUUCUGCGCGAUCGCACGAGUCCCUGCGCCUCCCCCUUCGGCAACCAUAGUUAACGCACGCAAAUCGAGCGCCCUGCAGAGCAACAUCAACGUCUGUCUGACCUGCCAUCAUUGGUGACAGCCAGGAGACGACACUGAGCCCCAAGGCUCGGCAUGGUUUGUCACUGUUGUGAAAUUAAACCUCUAGUAAAACAUAUCCAUGGAGCCUGCCAGGGUCCAAGUAGAUUAUAUUAGAUAAUAUAGCCCACCAACAUUAAGCUUAACUGAAAGCAGGCUGGUCUGACGAAAAUUAGCCUCGUCAAUGAAGACGAGUGAACCUCGCUAGUCCCGUUGUCAGGCAAGUAAACAAGUAAAUGUGAAUUCGACCUACAUGGUUAGUUGGUCUAUGCAAUCAUAUUUGGGUAUCAGAAACACCCCUUUUUUCGUGGAGCACCGAUGAAAAAUUAGAAAUGAUCAGCUUGAUCAACAUCUUCAUAGAUAGGCUAUGGGUUAUUAUUGAGGUGGUGUUAGGCUAUAGCUCAUAGGUCUACUUGAAAAAUUCAUUGAAUUAAUUAAGCAUGCGUUACUGUAGGUUACUUUAUUUUUUUUAAAGAAAUAACUGCCGGUGAGAGUGAAUCCAUUUUCUUAGCUUGAGCACCUGCUCCCCAAAAUGUCUGUGCACGGCCCUGUUCAGAUUAUGCAUUGUCACUGAUUUAACUGCAUUUGGACCCUCAUGCAGUGAAGCCUGGCCUCCAUCAUUGGAUUAAUAUUGAUCCAAGUGAUUAACAGAGUAGCACAAACAACUGUAAUAUAGAGAUCUAACAUGAACAGCCCUGGUGUGCCUAAAUCCAAGACAGACAGGGAUGAAAAUGCACACACAGCAUCAACCAAGUUUGUAAGAGGAAUGUUUCUCCGGCUGGAACAUGGUGUGUAAGGUGCAUUAGCCCUUGUUAUGGAUAUCGUCCUUCAUCAAAAUUACUGCUGUACUAUAAAUGCUUGUCUGCAAAUAAGCAAUGUAUUGUGAACUGCCUUGGCUGUGUGGGGUCAGACCCACCCACACAGAGUAAAAAAUACUGCUGCUAUUACAAAAGACAAUAAAUAAAAAUUGAUCAUACAUUUGAGGGAUAUGGUAAUGUAUCUUGGGGGAGUUAAAUAAUGGGGUGAAAGGAGAUUUAACAGGCUUGUUUUUGUUGAAUCACUCAGAGGAACUGGAAUAGAAUAACGAUUUGUGUGAGUAAAGUAAUCCUUCCAGUUUUUUUCUCCCUCAUUGGUUUUGAAUGUAAAGGAAGGUGGUGGUAUUUCUCUUCUGAGUCAUAUCUAGUUUAAAUUGAUAUGUAGUAGUGUCUUGAAGAAAGAAGUGACUACGAAAAAAAUAUGACUGGAUAGGAUACAUUUAGCUUUAUUUGAAGACUCCCACAAACCCACAACAAAUGACACAAAAAGCUAGAAACUGGAAAGCAAAAGACCGGUCACAGUUAUGGGGAUGAAUAAAUCAGUGUGCCUAGCAGGUGCAGGCAGUGAAUAACCCCUGUGGCAGUACUGCACAGGACAGAGGUGAAUCAAACAAAUGCAGACUUGCUAAAAUGGUUGUUCUUUUGCCAUGUCCUUUAUGCUGUGAUGGUGAAGUCAGUGAUGGUGAAAAAUAGGGUCUCCUUUUCAAGAUCUCUGUAUGUUCAGGGGACCACUAACAAUGACUUGUGUCUUUCCCCUCAAAAGAACCCCAUUCUCUAUCUCAGAUUGAAAGGAGAGAAAAUGGAGGUGUUUGAAAGGGACGCUCUGAAUUGUAAUUUUGAAUGAGGGAUGUUUUUGCCGGUUUCAGGAACCUCUUUUGUUGUAUUUUUGUCAUCUAGAAACCUGACAUUUUGAGCAAUAUAUUAGCCUUAAUAACAAAAUAAUAACAAUAAUGUCCUGCUCUCUUUCUCUUUCUCUCUCUCUCUCUCCCCCUCUCUCUGUCUCACUCUCUGACGCAGAUGUGGCUGAAAUCUACCGAAGUUCAUUUAAAAAACCCAAGAGAUAA